AUGGCUCCCAUCAAGGUCGGUAUCAACGGAUUUGGCCGUAUCGGCCGUAUCGUCUUCCGCAAUGCCGUCGAGCACGACGACAUCGAGAUCGUUGCCGUGAACGACCCCUUCAUUGAGACCAAGUACGCCGAGUACAUGCUCAAGUACGACUCCACACACGGUACCUUCAAGGGAACCAUCGAGGUCAACAAAGACGGCCUGGUCGUCAACGGCAAGACCGUCAAGUUCUACACCGAGCGUGACCCCUCUGCCAUCCCCUGGAAGGAGACCGGCGCCGAGUACGUCGUCGAGUCCACUGGUGUCUUCACCACCACCGAAAAGGCCAAGGCUCACUUGACCGGUGGUGCCAAGAAGGUCAUCAUCUCCGCCCCGUCGGCCGAUGCCCCCAUGUACGUCAUGGGUGUCAACGAGAAGAGCUACGACGGCAAGGCCGAUGUCAUCUCCAACGCCUCGUGCACCACCAACUGCCUUGCUCCCCUGGCCAAGGUCAUCAACGACAAGUUCACCAUCGUUGAGGGUCUCAUGACUACCAUCCACUCCUAUACUGCCACCCAGAAGACCGUCGAUGGUCCCUCCGGCAAGGACUGGCGAGGUGGCCGCACUGCUGCUCAGAACAUCAUUCCCAGCAGCACUGGUGCCGCCAAGGCUGUCGGCAAGGUCAUCCCCGCCCUGAACGGCAAGCUGACUGGCAUGUCCAUGCGUGUUCCUACCUCCAACGUCUCCGUUGUUGACCUGACCUGCCGCAUCGAGAAGGGCGCUUCUUACGACGAGAUCAAGGCUGCCAUUAAGGAGGCUGCUGAGGGUCCCAUGAAGGGCGUGUUGGCUUACACCGAGGACGACGUUGUGUCUACUGACAUGAACGGCAACACCAACUCCUCCAUCUUCGACGCCAAGGCCGGUAUCUCCCUGAACGACAACUUCGUCAAGCUUGUCUCCUGGUACGACAACGAGUGGGGCUACAGCCGACGUGUCCUGGACCUCCUGGCCUACGUCGCCAAGGCUGACGCUUCCAACAAGUGA